AUGGCCACACACUAUGAGGAAGAUGAGGAAGCUCAAUACACAUACCACACCACUGAAGAGGAGCAGGUCCCCGACUUCCCCGAUGGCAACCCGGAGGAGUUCCCGGAGGGCAACUUCUAUGGGAUGGACGGAUCAUCAGGGCUUGAGCCUAUGCCGGUGUUCCAGGUACAAGUUCUGGUGGAAGGCAAGGCUCCGGUGCUGCUGUCAGUGGACACCUUGCGGAAGAUGGGUGCGAUCAUUGACUUUGCCUCCGAUGAGGUGAUUUUCUCACAGGUAGCUCCAGACAAGCUGAUCAAGCUGGAGCGCUCGACGUCAGGGCACCAACUCCUGCCCCUGACAAGUGACUUUUUUCAAGGCGGAGAACAUCUGAAGCGUCCGGUGCAUAGCUUGAAGCAGUUAGUAGCGGAUAGGGUUUCAGAGAAGCCUCAUGAUUCAUCAGAGUAG